AUGUACGACCUUGUGAAAGCAUCGGAUGGCUUGAUCGGCCACGGCACGGGCAACGUCAAUGUUAAUGUUCAAUUCCGGAUGAUCGUGUUUCGGCCGUUCAAGAACGAAAUCCUGACCGGCCGCAUCACGAAAUGUACAGCUGAGGGCAUUCGAGUUUCUGUGCGGUUCUUCGACAACAUCUUUGUGCCUUCAACCAUGCUUUUCGACGGCUGUAACUAUGAUGCCAACGAGCAGACCUGGAUCUGGCACACAGAGGGCGAGAACGAGGACGAGGAGGCCAACGACCUCUUCCUGGACGUUGGGGACACUGUCAAUUUCCGGAUUGAAUCCGAAAGCUGGCACGAUCAAGCACCAGCUGCGCCCAAGAUUCGGAGGCCUGGCGAGUCAGAAUCCGUGACCGAUUACAAGCCUCCCUACUCGAUCGAGGCGUCGAUGACCGAACAGGGGCUAGGUGGUGUCCAUUGGUGGUGA